CUUUAAUUGACAAUUCCAAUUCGUAUUUCUUUACUCUUUUAUAUUCCCCAAUCGCAAGGCGAAUCAAACUUCACAAUGCUCAAAAAGUUUUGGAACAACGUCGGCAAAAAGGUGUGGCUGUCGGACUACAAGGAGUCCCUGAUCCCCACAACGACCUUCCGCUCGCCAGCGCCCGCAUCGCAGCCGGAAUACAAGAAGCCAGUGGUUCCGGCCUCUGCAAUCUCCAACAACUACUACUACAAGCGCGACGUGCGCCGCAACUACCCACAGACCGAGGUGUACACGCAGUCAGAUAUUGGACGUCUGCUUUUGGGCCCCAGUGUGGCAGAGAAGAUUGCAGCGCCCGCUGCUACGGCUACAGCUGAGGGAGGCGCAGAACGACAGGCUGCGACUGUGCCGGCUGUUGAAGUGAAGGACGUCGUGGAGGCGCUGCAGAAGGUUAAGGGCCCGAUCUACUCGGCUGCCAAUAUGCCUCCGGUUCCUGGAACCGCAUACACGUACAAGCUGUCUCCUGAGCAGUAUACCGAGGGACCUGGCGAGUACUACCCGUCAUACCGUGUCUAUUGAAUUGUGUUUGUGUGUUUCUCCGUAUUCGUAAU